AUGCUGCCAGAUCCACGAGGUCUGUCUGCCAGCACGUUCAGAAACCGUAAAGCCUGGGAACUUGCUCCACUCAAGAUAAACAUCAACCUAGGGUGGGACAAGUUGAACGAGUACUAUACAAAGCUGGACGAGACGCCGGCAUACUAUGCUGCCGCCAUUCUAAAUCCGGUCUCUCGUUGGGCAUAUUUCGAGAAUUCCUGGACCAACAAAGCACAGCUGCUGUGGCUUCAGGAGGCGAAGAGAACGGUAAGGAAGUUAUGGGACGAAGAGUACAAAACACUACCGAUACUUACGAUGCCCGAUGAAGAGCCUCCGCUGAAGCGUUUAAAGGUAAUGAGUGCACUUGAGAGACAUCGAGCUUACCGGACCUCGUCGCUGUCAGGCAGGUCUUCAUCUUUGGAAAACUCGCAGAACGUAGACCAUGAUGAAUAUGACCACUGGCUGUCGAGCCCUGACGUUAAGAACGACCCUCUGGUCACUGAUGUCGUACAAUAUUGGUGGGGGAGACGGAAAGAUUACCCUCGGCUGUCGCGAAUGGCUCUCGACUUGCUAUCAGUGCCACCUAUGUCCGCGGAGUGCGAGCGUUUGUUUAGUGUUGCUGGGCAAAUGGUUUCACCGCUGCGGACACGAUUGGAAGCUAGCACGAUAGGGAUAACACAAACACUUAGGUCGUGGGUGCGCAAUGGCCUAAUCGACGCAGCGGAUACGUUGAUUGAUGUAUCAGGAGAGAUUGGGGAGAGUAUUAUAUGGCAGGCGGAGGAGGACGGCCGCGGUGCUUGGGAGUAG